AUGUAUAACAUUUCUUCGCGGAUAUUCAAAAUACCCAAAGAAAUUGUUAAAAUACGACAUGCUACACAAGUUGGGGAAGUAACAAAGAUCGUUACUCCAAUCGUCACGAAAUUUAUAAAUUUUCAUAGUAAUAAAAGCCAAUACAAUAAUGAAAGAUUCCGAAAGUAUUCUUAUAAAUACCUAUUAUACUCGAUAUUAUUUGGUGCUACUACAUACACAUCUUAUAAAAUUUGGUUAAGAUAUCAAGUGUUUCCUUCUAUAACAGCAGCAGAAGAAAUUAAUGAUUCAGACUCUGAGAGUGAAGUUGAAACUAGAAAGAAAAGAUAUAGAAAAGAAAAAAUUGGAUUUAGAGAUAGGAAGAUAAUAGAAUAUGAAAAUCGUAUGAGAGCUUAUUCAACACCUGAUAAAAUAUUCAGAUAUUUUGCUACAGUUAAAUUAACAUAUGGUGAAAACACUGAAGUUUAUAUGACACCUGAUGACUUUUUAAGAGCUAUAACCCCUGGCAUGAAGCAGCCUGAUGGUUUGGGACUAGAUCAGUACAGAAGAUAUGACCCAAAGACUAUAAGUCAGCGACUAAACUUGGAUUUGGACGAAGAUUCGAUAUUUUACAAACUUGGCUCAUCGGGUCUCAUCACGUUUAGCGAUUAUAUAUUUUUGCUAACUGUACUAUCAACUUCGUGUCGUCACUUUGAGAUCGCGUUUCGUAUGUUUGAUCUGAACGGUGAUGGAGAUGUAGAUUGUGAAGAGUUUGAGAAGGUCGCUGCGCUCAUACGACAACAAAGCAGUAUUGGUUCUAGGCACCGUGACCAUGCCAACACUGGCAAUACCUUUAAGGGAAUCAACUCGGCUCUCACUACAUAUUUCUUUGGACCCAAGCUCAAUGAAAAGCUUACAAUAGAAAAAUUUUUGGAUUUCCAACAGCAAUUGCAAAAAGAGAUACUAUCACUCGAAUUCCAGAGAAAAAAUCCAGAUGAAAAUGGCCGCAUCACGGAAGCUGACUUCGCGGAGCUUUUACUGGCGUACGCCGGGUACCCCGCCAAGAAGAAGUCUAGAAUGCUCAAACGUGUUAAGAAAAUGUUCCGCGACCACGGCGUGGGCAUCACCAAGGACGACUACCUGAACUUCUUCCACCUGCUGAACAACAUCAACGACGUGGACACGGCGCUCACCUUCUACCACAUCGCGGGCGCGUCCAUCGACCAGCCCACGCUGCGCCACGUGGCGCGCACCGUCGCGCGCGUCGACCUGCACCCGCACCUCGUCAACGUCGUCUUCACUAUAUUCGAUGAGAAUUUGGACGGUCAGUUGAGCAACAGGGAGUUCGUGGCCGUCAUGAAGAACAGACUCCUGCGGGGACUGGAGAAGCCCAAGGACACGGGAUUCGUUAAACUGAUGCAUUCAUUGCUCAAAUGCGCAAAAGAUACGAAACCCGCAUUACUGGAUUUC